UUUUCCUUAAUCCUAAAACCCUGAACCCUUGAAAACACCUAAUCUCUCAGUUCUCUCUCUCUGCCCUUCAAACAUCAUACUACGCAUGUCUUCCUUCUAAAAUUCUAUCAUGUCUGAUGCUAAAAUCUUCAUCCUCUAAUUAAAGUCACAUUCUUUUAAUCUUAAUUAAUCGACUGUAAUAGACUAAUGGUGUUAAUGACUUCGCUUUAGUUCAAUGGCUACUUCUUCUAAUCCCGCUACCUCCAUUUUUGGGUGUUGCAGCCCAUCUUUCUUGGAUAAGACACGAUAUAGCACAUUACAGAGUUAUGCAGCCACCUAUUUUCCAUGUACAUCUGUCAGUAGUUGUGGUAUACAUACGAAAGGAUCAGUGAUACAGUUUAAAAAGGUUAGAGGAACCUGUAAGGUGAUGGCUCAGCAGUCAAAAUAUAUCAGGUGUGACUUUGGGUGUAAUAGUUUCAGAGAACUUGUUGAUGAAUCAAGGAAGGGAGGUAGCAUUUGUUCUCUUUCAAUAAUUGGGUUUGCAAGUCAACCUUUGCCUUCUACUUCAAGUCUCAGUAUUUCAAGUAAGAGUGUUAGACCUACAUAUGUGGCUUUAGCUAAGAAGAUGCUCUCCACAAAGGCAAUACCAGAGUCUGGUUCUAGUGGUACAAGCACUAAUGAAUCCGUAUUUGUAAAAGAUGGAAAAAGUGGUAGGAAUUUACCAAAACCUGUUUUUUCUAAUAAACAACGAAAGCGAGUAAAUGCAUUUGCCACUCAAGGGAGUACUGAAGGUAAUCUAAAGAAUGCUUUUCCUUGUCAGGUGGUUAGGAAGAAUAUUCCUGAUCAUCGGUUAUCUUCCCGUAAAAAUGUCAAUUCUGUAAAUUCUAUUGAAGUGCUGGAAAUAAAUGGGCAAAAGGAAGCAAACUCUGCACAGUCUCUCUCCGUUCCAAGUCCGGUUGACAGUAAGGCAGAGUCAAAGAAUGAAACAAAACCAAAGCAGAGACCACGAACAAAAAAGAAGAAAGAAGAGCUGUCUGGUACACUGUCCUCUCUUGACGAUGUUCCCUCGAAAGGAUCUAGAAGAGUUAAAAAACCAAAUGGUUUGUCACCACAGACUGCUGAGAAUAGCUCAACUGUCAAUAUACCUAAGGAAGAGAUUGACAUUGCCGGGUCACCUCAAGCUGUGCCUAAGAAAAAAGUCUCGAAGCCUAGGAAGAAGGGGAAAUCUUUGAAAGAAAAUAACAUAGAGCAAAAAACAAACGGUGCUUUACACGAACCUGAGAAGGUGGUAGAGGAGGCACCUUCUACCCGCAAAGCACCUCAGAAACCAAAACCACCAACUGUUAAUGGGAUCAAGUCAAUCAAGUUAAAUCCAUUAUACCCUCCUACAGGAAAAUCUGUUUUGGUGGUGGAAUCCCUCACUAAAGCAAAGGUUAUUCAGCAUUACCUUGGUGACAUGUAUGAAGUUAUACCGAGCUAUGGCCAUGUAAGAGACUUGGCUGCUAGGUCAGGGUCUGUGCGUCCUGAUGACGACUUCAGUAUGGUAUGGGAGGUUCCCUCCUCAGCCUGGGCUCAUCUCAAGAGUAUGAAGGCUGCAAUUAGUGGAGCAGAUAAUCUUAUUCUUGCAUCAGAUCCUGAUCGAGAAGGAGAGGCUAUUGCUUGGCAUAUCAUCGAGAUGUUGCAGCAACAGAAUGCUUUGCACGAGAAUAUGACUAUUGCCAGGGUUGUCUUUCAAGAAGUAACAGAAUCAGCAAUAAAAACUGCUCUGCAGACUCCAAGAGAUAUUGACGUUAACUUGGUCCAUGCUUAUCUUGCUCGCCGAGCACUCGAUUAUUUGAUUGGAUUCAACAUUUCCCCUCUUUUAUGGAGAAAGCUUCCUGGUUGUCAGUCUGCUGGACGAGUACAAUCAGCUGCUCUCUCUCUUAUAUGUGACCGAGAAAUAGAAAUUGAGGAAUUUAAACCACAAGAGUAUUGGAGUGUGGAAGCCACAUUCAUUGCUUCAAAUGCGGAAACAUCAACAAACAAGUCUUCUCUACGUUCAUAUUUGACUCAUUUUGAUUCUAAAAAGUUGAAUCAGUUUUCGAUUGGCUCGGAGACUGAAGCAAAGGUUAUUGAGCAGAUGGUGAGUUCGUCUAAUUUCACGGUCACUGCUGCUAAGAGAACCAAAAUAAACAAAAACCCUCCCACUCCCUAUAUAACAUCGACCCUUCAGCAAGAUGCUGCAAAUAAGUUAAGUUUCUCUGCUUCUUAUACAAUGAAGCUGGCACAGAAGUUGUAUGAGGGGAUUCAGUUUGCAGAUGGCAAGGCGGCUGGAUUGAUAACAUACAUGAGGACUGAUGGUUUACAUAUAUCUAAUGAAGCUGUAAUGGAAAUAUGUUCAUUGGUUGGAGAACGUUAUGGUUUGGAAUUUGCUGCAAGUAGUCCACGCAAAUUUUUGAAAAAGGUGAAGAAUGCUCAAGAAGCACAUGAAGCCAUUAGACCCACAGAUAUAAGAAGAUUACCGUCAAUGCUUGUAAGAGCUCUUGAUGAAGAUUCCUUAAAGUUGUACACUUUAAUUUGGGCUCGUACAAUGGCCUGUCAAAUGGAAGCUGCAAGAGUUGAUCAGAUACAGCUUGAUAUUGGUAAUAGUGGUGGGUCCCUUUCGUUUCGAGCUGCAUGCACUGCAGUUGAUUUCCCUGGGUUCAGGUCAGUUUAUGAAGAUGUGGAGACUCGGGCUAUUAGAGAUAAUGACAAUGAACCCUCAGAUCGUGCUGAAAUUUAUAAGAUCCUCAGUAAUCUUAAACAAGGAGAUCCUUUGUGUCUUGGAAAUUUGGAAACAAAACAGCACCAUACUCAGCCUCCUCCCCGCUACUCUGAGGCAUCAUUGGUGAAAAAGAUGGAGGAGCUUGGAAUCGGAAGACCUUCAACAUAUGCAAGCAUACUUAGAGUUUUACAAGACAGGAAAUAUGUUACGGCAAAAAGCCGAGUGCUAAACCCUGAAUUUCGUGGCCGUAUGGUCUCAGCCUUUCUCUCUCAUUACUUUAACGAGGUGACAGACUAUAGUUUUACCGCUGACAUGGAAACUGAGCUUGACAAUGUUUCUGCUGGAUCGACUGAAUGGAAAGGGCUCCUGAAGGAUUACUGGGGUAGGUUCAGUAUUUAUUGUGAGCGCGCUGGCAAAGUUCACAUUCAUCAAGUCGAGAAGAUGCUUGAGAGAACUUAUGAAAACUUCCUUUUUUCCUCGCUUCCUGAGGAGAGCCGAACAUGCCCCAGUUGUAUGGAGGGUACUCUGAUCUUCAAAGUUAGCAGAUACGGAGCAGGAUAUUUUAUAGGUUGUGAUCAACAUCCCAAGUGCAAGUAUAUAGCUAAGACAUUGUAUGGGGAAGAGGAUGAAGACGAUGCUCCUCAGAACAAUCUGGCAGUUGAAGAGCCUAAGUUGUUGGGUACUCAUCCUGCUUCUGGUGAUAAGGUCCUUCUGAAAGGUGGCCCUUAUGGGUCUUAUGUGCAACUUGGUGAAGAUAGAAAAGGAUAUUUACCCAAACGAGUGUCUGUAUCUCAGAUCAAGGAUGUGAAUUCAAUUACGCUGGAAGAUGCUGUUGAUUUGCUUCGCUACCCUAUCACACUGGGAAAUCACCAUGAAGAUGGCCUGCCAAUACAAAUAAAGAUCUCAAAAACAGGAUUUUCAAUUAGGCAUCGACGUAACAUAGCUCCUGUGCCGAAGAACUUGCCUCCAGGUGAUAUUGAUAUGAAGAAAGCUCUGGAGUUGCUGUCAGGUCCAGGCGUUAAAAGAUCUGGUCGACCAAAGGGUAAAAAGCGUGUGGAAGAAGCUGUUGAUGACUUAUAGGAUGGAUGUUGCCUUGCGAAAACAUGCUCUACUAUUAUGCACACACACAUACUUGUUUGAAGCUUGUUGCUUCUUGAAUAAGUAAUAAGUUUUCAAGAAAAACACGAGUAAUCAUCGGUUUUCAAGAAGAACUGUUGCUCACAAACACAUAAUAGCAGCCCGGAAUUGGCCCGUUGAGCUUGUAGUAAGAUGUACAAUCGAAGCAGCAAUUUGACAAGUGAAGUCUACAAUUAUGUUAGAGGUAGAUGGUUCCUAUUCUUUUGAUCAUCAUCGAUUUUUGUUUCCUAGGCUUGUUUUGUCCAUAGUUUAGUCUAUAGAGAAGUAGGCCUCUUUGUUUAGUGUCAUAGUUGAAAAAAUGUCAAUUCCUCGAUAGGUUAUUCACUGUGAAUAAUUGAAUAUAUUUAUCAACAUUAUUUUCUUCA